AUGACACUCUCAGUUAUUGUCAUGUUCGGAUUAUUCUUCAACGUGGGAGGCAUGAUCUGGAAGUUUUAUGUUUUCGCGGCGUUCUGGGGCUUUGUUUAUGGCGCGGUCCUUAUGAUGAUAUCCGUGCUUGUUCGAGAGCAGUGCAAUCACGAAGAGUUUGGGCGGUAUCUCAGCGCCUGUCAUGUUGCCCUGAGCAUUGCUGGCCUGGUGUGUGUGCCUCUCAGUGCUCAGAUGCUGGCCUCUUUCGGCCCCCAGAUGGAUGUCAUAUUCUUCGGAAUUCUCUGCACCGUCAGUUUGCUUUUCAUGAUACUCACCAGAUGGGCCUUCCUGGAUUACAAGUGGAGCUGGACCUCAAAGGUUUAG